GUACGACGGGGGAGGGCUCUACAUGGAGCUCACCAAUGAGGAAGUGCAGAGGGUUCCGUACUUCCGUGUGUGCACCCCCGCGAAGGUCCGUUUCCUGCGGAGACAACUGGAGAGACAUCAGUUCCAGCAGAGCCGAGAGCCUGCUGCGGAACCUGUUCGCAUGCUCUUCUGCACCGGUUCCUCAAGAUGUCAGCUUCAGCCUCACAAGGCCAUAACUGGACCCGACAGCUGAAGAAAGAAGACGAGGAAGAAGACCCACUGGACCAGCUGAUCACCCGCUCUGGCUGUGCUGCCUUCCACUUUGCAGUGCAGGAGUGCAUGGCCCAACACCAGGACUGGCGUCAGUGCCAGCCACAAGUACAGGCAUUCAGGGAUUGCAUGAGUGCACAGCAGGCAAGAAGGCGGGAGGAACUGCAGAGGAGGAAAGAGCAAGCCAGUGCUCAACACUGAGACCCUAAACCGUCAUCCCACAAUCUGGCCCUGAAGAAAUAAGCACCCAGAGUGACCCUGGGAAGAAGCAAUCCUAAGUAGUAGAGUGUGCAAUAGGAGAUAAAUAAUUCGGACCAUCUUUGGGACUAGGGUUGAAAGCACCAUGAGCUGUUUUUACUCUAUGAUCAGAUCAGACACAUCUACACCGUUCCUGUUCCACCCAUACUUGUAUCUAAAAUUAGUGGGAUAUGGACCACCCCCUCCAUCCUACCUCUUGAGUGUGCCAAGUACUUUGUAAGUAAAUUCACAGCCUAAA